AUGUUUUGGCUGUUUGGUGCAGUAUCCGCGAGAGUUAAAGGAUAGACUUGGUACUGCAGGCGAAGAAAUCUGAAAUGUUAAUAAGCUAUGAUUGAGGAGGACCAGCUGUGAGCGCAUACUGCUGGAUAUCCGAAAAAACAGAUCCCCUACAGCAAUAUGAAGUGUGAGGAAGAGGAGAGUCUGAAUGACCCAGAGGUCUAUAAACAGGAGGGGAACUUUGGUCUGAAUGAGGAUGGUCCAGAACUUCCACAGAUUAAAGAGGAACAGGAGGAAGUCUGCACCAGUCAGGAUGUAGUGCAGGUUGUAGUGAAGCAGGAGUCUGAAGAAAUCUUCGUCUGGACCGGGAAAGAGCAGUUCAGAGUGCUGGAUAACAUCUGGGAACGUGAGAAAGACUUACACUGCACAGAUUCAUGGCAGAUCUGUAACCAGGAGAGGAACUCCAGUCUGGACCUGGAGGACACAGAUCCUUCACAGACUAAAGAAGAACAGGAGGAAAUGUCCAUCAAUCAGGAAGGAAAGCUUUCACUGAAGCAGGAAACCAAAGAUAUCAUCAUCUGGACCGGGCAAGAGCUGGGCAUCAAGUGGAACCCUGAAGUAAAGUUGCACAUAAUAGAUCCUCCACAACGUGACUGUAAAGACGAGGAGGGCCUCACAGAUCAGCAGGUCUGUAACCAGGAGAAGAACUCCAGUAUUGACCAAGAGGAUUCUUCACAGAUUAAAGAGGAACAGGAGGAACUCAGUACCACUCAAGAGGCAAAACCACUUGUACGAAAGCAGGAGACUGAAACUUUUCCUGCUCGUGAAGAAAGUGACCACAGUGAACCAGAACCAAGCAGUGACCAGCUCCUUUCUCACAACUCUCCUGACACAGAUCAGGAAGAAAACAAGGAUGAUAACUCAGACAGAAAUGAGUCAGAUCAAGUCGUACCAGAACUGAGAGUUCAAAAUUCCAAGACAGCACAUUUAUGUAGUACCUGUGGGAAAAAAUUUAAUAGGAUGGGAAACUUGAAACAACACAUGCAAAUUCACAUAGGCAAGAAGCCACAUUCUUGUAGCACCUGUGGGAAAAGAUUUACUCUAAAAACACAUUUAAAUGAACACAUGAGAAUUCACACAGGUGAUAAGCCUCAUUGUUGUGGCACCUGUGGUAAAACAUUUGGUUCAAAGUCGCACUUGAAUAGACACAUGCGAAUUCACACAGGUGAAAAGCCAUUUUUCUGUAGCACCUGUGGGAAAAGAUUUAGUUUGGCAGCAAAUUUGAGAACCCACAUAAGAAUUCAUACAGGUGAGAAGCCAUAUUCCUGUAGCACCUGUGGGAAACUAUUUAGUGUGGCAGGAGCUUUGAGAAGUCACAUAAAAAUUCAUUCAGGUGAGAAGCCAUACUCCUGUAGCACCUGUGGGAAACUAUUUAGUGUGGCAGGAGCUUUGAGAAGUCACAUAAGAAUUCAUACAGGUGAGAAGCCAUAUUCCUGUAGCACAUGUGGGAAAGGAUUUAAUCACAAGGCAUCUUUUAAAAUACACAUGGAAUUACAUACAGGUGAAAAAAGAUAUUCUUGUAGCACCUGUGGGAAACAAUUUAGUGUGGCAACAACUUUGAGAAGUCACAUAAGAAUUCAUACAGGUGAGAAACCACAUUGUUGCAACACAUGUGGCAAAGGUUUUACUUGUCUCAAGUACUUGAAAGCCCACAUGAGAGUCCACGCAGGUGAGAAACCACAUUGCUGUAGUACAUGUGGGAAAAGUGUUAGUUCCCUCACAAACUUGAAAAUUCACAGAGUCCACACAGGUGAGAAACCGGAUUGUUGUGGUGCCUGUGGGAAUGGUUUUACUCAUAUGUCAAGUUUGAAAAGACACAUGGGAGGCCACACAGAUGAAAAGCCACAUUAUUGCAGUGUCUGUGGGAAAAGUUUUAGUCGUAUGUCAAGUUUGAAAAUACACAUUAAAGGCCACACAGGUGAAAAACCAUAUUGUUGUAGCAGCUGUGGGAAAAAAUUCACUUCUUCGGUACAGUUGAAAAGUCAUAUAGGAAACCAUGCUACAUGCUAAGUUUCAUUUUUAGAAAAUGUUGAUGGCGGAGCUUAUGUGUCUCUGACUACAUUAACAGGUACAUUUGGUAAAUGUAGCUUUUUCUGUGUGUUUUGGCUUUUUAACCAAUAUAAACGGUGUUUGGAUCACUGAAAAUUAAGUUUUAAAAAACUCCUUCUAGGAAGGCUGAAGAUUUUUGAAAGCUCAGUUUCUGUGUUUUCAUAUGGACAAGAAAAACAGAGUUUGUCUCACAAAUUUAAAGGUUUGCACCUUUACCACCUUUAUCUGACAUCAUUAUGUUAUUAUUUGUGGGCUUUUGAUUGACAUUUCUUGUUUCUUUGGUUUGGUCUCAACAGUGCUUGAGGUCACAUGUGUCUUAAUGUGAUCAGAGCUAUUUCCCAAAAACAACAUCAGAAAAAUGAUUGUUUUAAAAAACUACCUUUGUACAUGUGGAGGUAGCCUUUAUUAAAAACAGUUAUUUUCUCUCUGAAGUUCACAGUUUAAAGCUGGAGCCAAUUCCAUUCACUGUUCUGACUUGCACUUGAACUUCUGUUGCGUUUGUUUUCUUUUUAAUGACAUGUAUACACUGGAUUGACAUAUAUGGGAAGUAAUACAUUUCAAAUAUUGUAUUACAAGACAAAACUGCAAACGUGAACGCAGUUUUUUUUCUCACUCUUAAGCCUUUUAUUGAACUACCAAAUAAAUACACUAAUACUUUCUUUUUACCAGACACGUGACAGCACUUCUGCUAUAAUUUUGUUCGUAUUUACCAAAAUAAAAAUGCAGACAUAAGUGCACACUUUUUUUUUUUUUACUGCUAGUGAAAAAUGUUUUCUUUUUGUACUCUCUUGUUACCUCUGCCAGGAUUCCUUGGUCAUUGACCCAGUGUUUUCAGUUUUAGACUUUGUCACUGUUUAGGUUUCAUGUUUGCUGUUUCACUGUGUCAACCUUCUGUUUAUGUGUUAGAUUAUGUUCAGCUGUGUACUCACUGGUCUCUAAUCAUCAUCAUUUGCCAGAGUAUUUAAGUCCUUAGUUUCCGCCAGUUCGUUGUCUUGUCAUCGUUGAUUCCGCGUGUGUUUUCCAGUUCAGUUAGCCAGCCAUUCAGUCAGUCAGUGUCAGAAUCUCUGUUAUGUUAUGUUCAUCCUGCAUUUAUAAUAAACACCAUCCUCAUCCUUCACUGACCCAUGAGUCCUC